UGAUGGCGGCUUCGCUUCGUUCUCUCUCUGCAAGCUGCACCAACAAAUGGUACUACAGCCGGCAAGAGAUCGACAACAACCCGUCUCGGCGAGCCGGACUCGAGCCGGACAAGGAGCUGUCGUACCGGCAGCAGGCGGCCAACCUGCUGCAGGAGAUGGGCCAGCGGCUCAACGUGUCCCAGCUUACAAUCAACACAGCCAUCGUGUACAUGCAUCGCUUCUACAUGGUCCAGUCGUUCACCAGAUUUCACAGGAAUGUCAUUUCUCCGGCGGCUCUUUUCCUGGCCGCCAAGGUUGAGGAGCAGCCCCGAAAGCUGGAACACGUGAUCAAGGUGGCCCACGCCUGUCUGAAUCCACAGGAGCCCUCGCCGGACGUACACAGCGAUGCCUACCUGCAACAAGCCCAAGACCUGGUCAUUCUUGAGAGCAUAAUACUCCAGACCUUGGCGUUUGAAAUCACCAUCGACCAUCCACACACGCAUGUCGUCAAGUGCACCCAGCUGGUCCGAGUUGUUUCAGCAAGUAAGGAUCUGGCACAAACGUCUUACUUCAUGGCCACCAACAGUCUCCACUUGACCACCUUCUGCCUGCAAUACAGCCCGCCGGUCGUGGCUUGCGUGUGCAUCCAUCUGGCCUGCAAGUGGUCCAACUGGGAGAUUCCUGUCUCCACAGAUGGCAAACACUGGUGGGAAUACGUUGACCCCACAGUCACCCUCAAGCUGCUGGAUGAGCUCACACACGAGUUCCUGCAGAUUCUGGAGAAAACGCCCAGCAGAUUGAAACGGAUUCGCAACUGGAAGGCAGGAGGUCAGACACCAAAAGCCAAACCCAAAGUCCAGGAGGAGGGAGACCAGAGGGACACCAUGAUGAGCAUGAUCUCCAUGGCCUCGUCGGAGAGCACCGUGGCGGGCCUGAUGAGCCUCUCCGCGCCGCCCUCCGCCUCGUCGGUGGCGGACAGAGGGACGCCCGGCAGCGCGCCCUCCUGGAGCAGCAAUAGUCAGGGGGGCCCCGAGCAGCAGUCCAACCACGAGGUCCACGCCCCCGCCAAGGUGUCGUUAAGCGAGUACCGCGCCAAGAACGCCGAUGUCCUGGCCGCGCAGAAGAGGAAGUUGGAGAACAUGGAGGCCAGCGUGAAGAGGGACUACGCCAACGCUGCCCAGGUUCUCAUUGGCCAGCAGCAAAGGAAGGAGAAACAGCAGCCCGCCUCGUCUUCCUCUGACCCAUCCGACCCGUCUCCCAUUAUUCUGAAAAUCCCUCUGGACAAGGAGAGACACGAUAGAAGCUCUUUGAAAAUGCGGCUUCCCCUCGCCGGCGGAGGUGGCGCCAGAGGUCAGGACCAGGACAUGAAGGUGCGGAUUCGCGUGCCCGACAAGCAGAGGGGGGGCUCGGGCGAGGAGGGCAAGAGCAGGGACAAACACAGGGGGGAGCGUUCCAACCACCAUCACCACCACCACCACCACCAUCACCACCACCACCACCAGCAGCCUUCCUCCAGCGGCGCCUCCCUUUCCUCUUCACACAAACACUCGUCCAGUUCGAGCAACGCAGUAGGAAGCGGCAAAAAAGUCGCCAGCGACUCGUCCCGAACGAGCUCGUCCUCGUCGUCGCGCAAGAGGACUCAUCCCCAGGACCCUUCGGUGGGAUCCCAUCCCGCGUCCAAAGUCAGCAAGUCUUCUCGGAAUCCCUACCAGCUGCCGUCUCUGACCUCCUCCUCCUCCGACAUCCUCCCCCACCACCCCCCGGGGAGCUACUCGCACCUCAAAGGCGACAAGACGGACGCCAACGGACACGGCGCCACCGGCGGCGCCCAGUCCAACGAGUACCAGGACACGUUUGAGAUGUUGAACUCUCUUCUGAGCGCGCAGGGGGUGCAGCCCUCGCAGCCGUCAAUGUUUGACUAUAGAUCGCAGUUCGGGGACUACAAGUACUCCAGCGGGUCCAGGGGGGGCAACGCCAGACCCCCGCCCCUGCCUUCAGACCCUCCUCCCCCUCUUCCACCGUUACCCAAAUGACUUUGUUAAAUGAAGCAUGGUCUGAUUUUUAACGGGCGUCAUUAGUGACGGAAGCCUUUUCACCCAUUUGAUUUUGACUUGACUUUUACUCUAAAGGCUUGAAAAGCUUUGUGUCCCCAGGAAGGUGGCAUCAUUUGGGCUGGGAUGGUUGUUCAUUUUGCCCGCCCCAAGUUUCACAGGAUAUUAGAUGAGAUUACCAUACACCUAUCAGGUUGUUUUUUUAUGUUUUUAUUGUGUUAUUUAUUGAUUGUCGUUCUUAGAAUGAUACUCGUUUUGAUCAACAAUUGACACUGUGUAGACAAGUGAUCAUCUCCAAAGCAGCCCUCACCCCAAAAGACAGGCUUCCCCCAGCCCCUUGGUGUUCUCGGUUUGACUUUCUACAUCAUUUGGUAAAUGUAUGCCAAGAUUGCAAAAUGUUUCAAACAAUACAUGAAAUAUUUUUACAUUUAGUGAAAAAAAAAAAGAUGUAACUUAUCAGUCUUUUUUAAUGUUUUGAGUCUCGCAGUCAUUGUUUUAAAUGGUUGUAAAAGGAUAAGCAUACUUAUUAACAAUGGUGCAGAGAGAAGAUAUGUUUCGUGGGUCAAAGAUUCUCAUAGUUCAAAUGCAUCAUGCUCACGGGCACAGUGAUGUCAUAGAUUUGGAAUUGUUUGUCUUCAGAAUUGUUCUCAUCAUGUUUCGAUUUGAUGAUGGUCACCAUACCAACUUGUUGGCCGUCUUUCAUUUGGGCAUUCCUUUUUGGGAGUGUUUAUUUUAUUUUAUUUUUUUAAAGUCCCAGUGUACACCUGUGAGCUAAUGGCUGCUCUGACGCAAUCAUAUUAAAGUUGUCUUGCCCAGUUUGCAUUGUACAUUCAACCAAGUAGUUAGGUUAUCCAUCAAGAAGGAUCCCGUUUGCCUGAUGGCGGGAAAGAGGCGGCGGGUGUUUAAGCAUCUGUACCUCUGCACCCGGCCGGCAAUGAUUUAUCCCAUCUUUUUGUUUCAACAAAAAAUACUAUUCAGCUGGACAUAAAAUGGCCUCUUUUAACGUAUUUUAGUUUGUACCUUUUCUUCGUGGUUUGCAUUUGCAAAACGUAUUUUGUAACUCUGUAGAGUGAGUAAAUGCACUGACGUGAGGUUUACCUACAGUGCAAGUCUGAAAGCUAAUCUAAAUGUUAUGGGGUCAAAAAAUAAAAUUAACCUUACAACAACUGCCAUGCAACACAGCAAUGCAAAUCACUUCAUUUACCUUUUCCUGCAUCUUGGAGUUUUGUAAUGUAAACAGGAGUGGUAAUGAUUGACAUGUUAGUGGGAUUUCUUCUCCAGGUGUAACCUGUUGUACGUGAACGCUUGUUUUUCC